AUGCCUCACUAUGGCUGCUGUGCCAGUGAAAGCAAAAACGAUGAUGACGACCUGGAACACAAACCUGGGCGCACUGGGAAGGCCAAAGCAGACGCAGUUGAUGGAUUCAGCGAUUUGGCUUUCCCGUGGGACAGAUCUAACCUGAAGUCAAUGUGCAUUGAUUUAGAUAGCUUCAAACAUAUCGAUGCUUACGCAAGUAAGGUGAGAACCAGGGACAGUGUGGAGGUCUUGGUCCAGGAGCUGUUGAAAGGGACUAAGAGUGAUGUUGAGAAACUGAGGGCGAUCUGGAUUUGGGUCACACACCACAUUGAAUAUGAUGUGGUGGGGUUUAAAAACCCUGGGCUCAGAUCAGGGGACCCCAGUGAUGUCCUAAAAACGGGCAAAGGAGUGUGUGCAGGCUACGCUGGCCUCUUCCAGUCCAUGUGCAGUGUUGCAGGUAUAGAGUGCCAGGAGGUGUCUGGGUACUCCAAGGGUGGCAUGUAUAAGCUGGGUGCCCGCUUCUCGGGGGAUGCCACCCACGCCUGGAACGCAGUGAGGCUAGACGGAAAGUGGCAUCUGCUGGACAGUACGUGGGGAGCUGGGAACGUCAGUGAUAAUUACUCCACGUUCAAAUUUGAGUACAAUGAGUUCUACUUCCUGACACACCCUGCGCUCUUUGUGGCGGAUCACUUCCCUCUCGAGGGCAAGUGGCAGCUGCUCACUCCUCAGGUGUCCCUGAAGCACUUUGAGAACUCAGUGCGUCUGAGAAGCGCCUUUUACAAUCUGGGCCUCCUCUCCAUACACCCAGAGACAAAUAUCAUCCAAUCAGAUGGAAACACGACGAUCACAGUGAAGAGCUCGUCUCCUGUGCUCUUCAUGCACAACCUGAACGGGGAACAGCGCGACGGACUCAUGACGCUCACACCAGACGGCAUGAAGCUUGACAUCUACCCCCAGCAAACCGGAAAGCAUUCCCUGGUCAUAUACGCCAAGGCCUCCAGUUCUGGAGAUGAGGGCAAGUACAGCCACGUGUGUGAGUACCAGUUCCAGUGCAAGGCGGCCAGCAGGGACAUGAGCAUUCCAGAAGAGCUGAGUAAUCCCGUGGGGCCCAGCUGGCUGACGGAGAGAAAGGGCCUAAGCCAGCCCUCGCAGUGCAGCCCCGUCGUCCACACCUCGGACGGCCGCUGCUCCUUCAGCUUCCAGGUGGCUGGUCACCUGGACGUCAUGGCUACGCUGAGCACCGCCAGCUUCUCCGUGCCGGAAAACGAGCUGAGGAGACACAUCUUCCAGUCCAGGCGAGGGGAACGGGUGGAUUUCAAGGUGCAGCUCCCCAGGGCGGGGCUCUAUGUGUUCGGUGUAUACGGAAAGGACAAAGCAGAGACGGGGAACUACAGUUUCCUAUGUAAUUAUCUGAUCUCCUGCACCAACCCCACAGUGCGGUGGCCAGUCUACCCUCUCGCAUACACCACCUGGAAGAAGGACUAUGAGCUGGUGGAGCCUCUCGCAGGGGUCCUGCCGGCCAAUCGGGAGGUGCAGUUCAAGGUGAGGAUCCCGGACGUGUCGAUGGUCUCCGUGAGAGGCAGAGACAUGCAGGACCUGGUUCUGGAUGCGGACGGGUUCUGGACUGGACACUGCAGCACGGCGGGCUGCACAGAUCUCAAAGUAAUGAUCACAGUGAACCCCGGCGACCAAAUGUAUUCCUCCGUUCUCAACUACCGUGUGGAGAGCCACUGA